AAAACCUCGCGAGAGUACGUUAUUUCCAAAAUGGCGGCGAAGACGGCGUUACACUUUGUUCGUUCUGUAACGCGAAGUAAUAACAUCGUAGUGUUCUCUAAGACUGCUUGUUCAUUUUCAAUUAUGGCUAAGAAGUUACUAAGGGAUGUUGGAGUAUCAGAGAUGGUAGUUUAUGAACUUGAGCAACGGGAAGACGGGCAUUUUAUACAGGAUGCCUUAAAAGAGUUAACAGGAAGAGGAACGGUGCCCAAUGUCUUCGUCAAAGGGCAAAGCAUUGGCGGAGGGAUGGAAACAGCUGAAUUAUAUCAAUCUGGCAAAUUAAAACAGUUACUACAAGAUCAUGGGUUGCUUGAUGAAAAUCAGUAACAUGGAGUCUACAAAAUUUGCAUUUUUUUAAAUUGCCAAUGAGUAGUUUGAGUACUGUUGCAUUUACUAUCAUUACUAAUAAAAAUAUGAGACAUGAAUCCCAGAAUGAAGCUGCCAUGCCUGUGUUCUAGAUGAAUUCUGACAUCUAGAGAAAGACAGAUAAAAAGGAAGAAGAACAUUAUGUGUGGCUAAGAGGCUUCAAGAGAAAGAAUAGUCAACAUGUACUGUAAAUAUAAAAUGCAGACUGCCUAGUCCAUUCUUAACAUUUUCGAACCAUAUUUACUUACUUAGAGCCACAAUUUUGGUUUUCGUAGAGCUUAUUUGAUGCUGCAUUCAUUUUUCGGUGUUAUUGAAGGUAACAUGUAUUCGUUAGCCUUUGGUUGUAUCAGUGGAUUCAGCAUGCUUUUAGGUUUUUGUGUUGUCUAUUCAAAUUCAUCUUUUUUUGUUGGUGGUGUUAAAACAAGUAUAUAUGGUUUGAGCCAAAAUACAUACUUAUAAUCCAAUUUUUCAAUUUACAAUUGUUUUCAUAUCAUAUUCAAUUAUCAAAUCUAUAUGUAUUUUAAUACAAAGGAUGUGAGGGAUACAGGGAUCAAACUUUAUUUAUAUAAUUAUAUUGCUUGAUUUGGGUACGUUUCCAUGUUUCGUAAUGUAUAGCUCAGAUUCUCAUGAAUCUAUAAGUUAUUUACACUAUUUUUUACAAUUUUAUUGCAGAUAUUUAUGUAAUAAGGAGUGAAAUUAAAAGGGAAAUUUGUAUCAUGAUGAUUUUAUUGAAAUUUAAAUAAAAAAAACUGUACUCAAA